AAUGUAUACUUAUUGAUUUAGUCGAUGUCUACAUAGUUCUUUAUACUGGCUGUUUCAGAAGUUUAAAUAUAUACAUAUAUACAAACUCAGCUAUAGUUCGCUUGGUUAAAAAAACCAUCAAGUAUACCACAUAGCAGAGAUCAUGAGCGGCUUACAAAUUUUUACAUUCAUUUCAAUACUAUCAACCGUUUUAUCGUUACGAAUAGAGAAAUGCAGGACUAAUGGAACGAUUUCUAUCGCUGACUCUUCAUAUAGUAAACACGAUACCUAUAUCAAUGGAUACAUCGAUGCGGAAUUGAACGAUAGGGAAGUAAACGGUGCUAUUUUCAUCAAAAGCAUGACUUUCCACGGGGAUAUGCAAGCGGAUGGAGAUGAUUUUAUCACCGACAUAAGCGUCCGUCUCGAUCAGUUGAUAAAAGAAGUGCGCGUGCAGCGUAUAAUCGAUUUCGCGAAUGAAGGCUUUACGGAUGUCGUAAUGACCAAGUGUAAUUUGGGUUUCGUGGAUAACUACGACUUGAGAAUCGGCGCAAGAUACAAAGUCGAGCAACUGAUUCUCCGUCACGCCGAAACUUGCUUCAGACGACUGCUGUGCUACUACGACCCGGACAGUCACAGAAUCGGAGACGACCUGAUCGUAACAUCCGAGUCGCGAAAGCAGGCUUUGCACACUACCUCACAGGAAGCCGUCAACUCGAUCAUAGAUCUAGCUUUGCGAACCUUGAUUAACGGCUUGAUUGCCGCAAAUAAAUCGGUCUUCCAGAUUCCACAAUACAAUGGUAUCCUGUUAGAUAAUUGGGUAAACAAGUUGUGGUUGAAAUUUGAAGGAGGUUUGAUCGAUAUUGUGCCGUACAUUAUGCGGACCGAAGAUUUUACGAUCGCGCACGAGGGCAAACGUUUUAUCAUCGGCUCGGCAGCUAAUCUAACAGGUGGCACGAUUCUGUUGAAAAAAUUUACCUUCACGCAUAAGUUUAUGGUCGCCCCAAAAAUUGAUUAUUCCGGCACACUACCCUUGGAGCCGAAGGGUAUAAGUUUGCGCGCGAAAAUUUCCUUCGAUUACAAUGUGUCGCCUUGCAAAAUAAGCUUUCAUCAUUUCGACAUGAAAAUUCCGCAGGAAAAUGUGAAUUUCGCUGAAUAUUUAGGAAACACCAUAGAUACAUUACUAACUGCCUCAAAUGUGAAAUCGAUCGUCAUCGAUCUAUUGAUCGGUUUAGCGCUGGAUCCGUUAAAGAACCUGAUCAAGAAGCUGGACUGCGAAGCCUUAAGGUCCACAUUGUUUCACUUGCAAAAGGCCAAUUCGUCGAGGGCGUGAAUUUCAUGCUGAGUUUUUCAUGUAUAAGAUGCGUGUGUCUCACAUUUACUCUAGUAUUCAAAGCAAAAUAAAUAUAUAAGAAUGCAUAAAAUUCAUAUAAUCUA